AUGAUGGAUUCUGUAGAAGAAUACUUUAAAAUUCUCCCACCUGGGUAUAAGUUCUGCAGCAAAGAAGAUGAGCUAAUUCGCAGCAAAGAAGAUGAGCUAAUUCGGGAUUACUUGAAGCCCAAGGUGUUCAACGAACCCCUGCCACCAAACCCGAUCACGGAUGAUAGAUCGAGGUUAAUUGUUGAGGCAAAUAUGAUGUAUUCUGUAGAAGAAUACUUUAAAAUUCUCCGACCUGGGUAUAAGUUCUGCAGCAAAGAAGAUGAGCUAAUUCGGGAUUACUUGAAGCCCAAGGUGUUCAACGAACACCUGCCACCAAACCCGAUCACGAAUGAUAGAUCGAGGUUAAUUGUUGGGGCAAAUAUGAAGGAUUCUGUAGAAGAAUACUUUAAAAUUCUCCCACCUGGGUAUAAGUUGUGCCCCAACGACGCCAUGGUGUUCAACGAACCUCUGCCACCAUACCCGAACAUCAACGACAAAAAAUAUAUCUCUAUAAACCUCGGAAUCUUUCAGGUUAUUAGAGAUGACAAGCAAGUUAAAGAUGCAGUAAAUACCAUUAUUGGGUUUAAGAAAUCACUGGUGUUCUACAAUGGAAAACCUGGUCACGUUAACAAGACCAAGUGGAUUAUGCAUGAAUAUACAAUUAACGAUCCUCCUCCAAACAAAACGGGUGAAAAUGACAUGACAUUGGAUGACUUGAUCUUAUGUAGGAUCUAUAAGAAAAUUGAUAAAGGGAAAACCUGUACUCAAGAUGAUCAGCAGCCCAUGAAGAUGAUUGGCCCUGUAGAUGACAAGAUGGAGCUGUAG